AUGGCGCAACCGGUCGUAACGAGUCCGGCUCCGUCUCCGACUCCACUGCCGGUGAAGCUUGAACGCGAACCCUCCCCGGUACCAUCCAUGGAAAUUAACCAAGAGGAUGAAACGCAACAACUUGCUAUCGUCCCCGUCGAUGUCACUCCAUCAGAAACUUUGCAAUCCCAAUCACCACCGCAAUCCGCCGUAUCUCCGCCGCCAAUUCCGCAUUUCAUCGACUCAAUCAAUGAGCUCCGACAAUUUUCGGAUGCUCUUUCCGCCUUCUACCGAUGCUACGACGACCUUCAAUCUCAUAUCUAUUCCGUUGAAUCCGCCAUUGAUUCCCAACUGAACUUGCAAGCACCCAAAAUUACCUCCCAGCCCGAAGAAAUUCUCCCCAUAGCAACUGUCAAUGAACCAACCUCGGCCCCUCCGUCGAUCCCCAUUACAGAGAACGAGAACGAAAAAGAAACAUCAAAACCCCAACAAUCCGAGCUGGAAUUUCUCUGUCUGACGAUGUCCAGCCGUGGUCUUCGGAGAUAUAUGCUAACGAACCUCGGAGAAGCGAACAAACUUCGUGAGGAAGUACCGAAGGCGUUGAAAGUUAGUAGUAAUCCUGCGAAAUUGAUUCUUGAAUCCGUGGGGAGGUUCUAUUUGCAGGGGAGUAAGGCUUACACGAAAGAUUCACCAAUGAUUACUGCCAGGGAGGCUUCUGUUUUGACGUUGGAAUGUUUUUUGUUGGCACAAGAUGAUGAUGGAGUUGUCAAGAUGGAUAAGGAGAUUAAAGAAGAGUCUGGCAAGGCAGCUAUAGCAUGGAGGAAGAGGUUGAUUGUUGAGGGGGGUUUAGCAAACGCUUGUGAGAUUGAUGCCAGGGGGCUGUUGAUGUUUAUUGGUUGUUUUGGUAUUCCACAGUUUUUUAAGAAUGAGGACUUUAAGGAUUUGAUUCGAGCAGGGAAUGUGAAGGAGAUAUCGAGUGUUUUGAAGAGGUCAAGUGUUCUUGCAACAAAGAUUUCAGAUUUAAUAGAUUCAACAAUGAAGAUGAGAAUGGCUGUUGAGGCUGUUGAUAUUGCUUAUUCCUCUGGUUUUGAGGAUAAGUUACCUCAACAUCCAGUUUUGCCUUCAUUUUUGCGAGACGCUAAGGAAUUGUGGAAAAAGAGUAAAAGAUUAUCGCAGGGCUCGUAUCAUGCCGUGAAUGAGGCAAACAAGAAAUAUUUAUCUGCUUUUCUAUCUGUUAUGAAGUGCUUGGAAAGGCACAACAUUGAUCCCUCAAAAGCUCUACCAGGCUGGAAAAUCAAUGAAAAAAUAAUAGCGUUGGAGAAAGAUAUCGUGAAUUUUGACAAGAAAAUAAGAGAACAGAUGCUUAAUAAAAGAAGAGCAGAUGAUAUGUACCUGAGAAACCAAGAAGCUAAACGCUUCCGUUAUGUUGAUCCAGGACUGCCACAGCAUCAAUUACCUGCCCAUCUGGAUAGCCAAAGAAGAUUUUUGGACAGUGUUCAUGGUCCCUCAAUUAGAGCUUUAACUUCUCCACCACUUAUGCAUGGAACUGGAGUUGGACAUGGCAUGCUAGAGGCUGAAGCCAGCGACCGGCGUGCUACCUAUACUGGAUACUACGGUGAAGAAGUGGCUGAUACUGCCGGACAAGCUGGCAGCUACGGGGGUCAGCAUUAUGGAUUACGUGGAGAUGGAGCCUAUAGUGAUCGACUUGCAGAUGCAGGUCAUACGUAUGCCGGGCAACCUCCAGCCUAUGGUCUUGCUACCUUUGAUGGAGCCUAUAACGAACGACUUGCAGCCACAGGUCAUACUUAUGCUGGACAACCUCCAGCCUAUGGGCUUGCUAGCAUUUACAGGCCACCGCCAUCCGUAGAAGAGUUUCCAGGCAAAACAGCAGGCGUAGCUAGUCGGACCACCGGUUCUGAUCUAUAUCAGUUUGCUGAUACGGUUGUUGACAGUGAAACCUAUCAUAGUACUGGAGCACAGGCUGCUGCUGCUGGCCCUUCUGUUGUGCCUGCUCACCAGUCAUCCUAUUUGUAUUGA